UUGCCUCUUCGGACCUCGCGUCUCCGCCAUCGCAUCGUUCUGUCACGUCUCGCCUAAUUUUAGUCCCCCAUCGCGGCACUUGUGUCUUGAGGCUAUUUCUGCGUCGCGAAACUCCAGGCGAAGUCGCAUCGUUCGAACGUACGCGGUGGUCGUGGGGCCUUUUUUCCGCGUUCUGUUUACCCGUUACCGAUGGGCAGGUUGCACGAGAUCACGCUCACGUUGAGGAGGAACUCGCCCACGGAGCAGUGGGGGUUCAGUUUGGUGGGCGGAUCCGAUGUCAAGACACCCUUGAUCGUCACCAGAGUGGGAUUUGGCUCGCCCGUCGAGGGCACACUGCACAGAGGUGACAUCAUCACCAAAGUGGGCAACUACGACUCCAGGGACAUCCGUCACCAAGACGCCCAGAACCUCUUCAAGAAUGCCGGAAGCAACAUCCGCGUGGUAGUACAGAGGGAAGCGAAUCCCCGCCACAACACAAGCACGGCAUCGUCGAGGACCAGCUCGGCGCCCUACAGCCCACUGUCGGUCUCGCCCCAUUUGUCACCCAAAGGCCCGGGAAUGAGUCCAGGUUACAGUCCGGGUACUCCGGCCCUCACCCCGUACUACUCCAGUGCGAUGACUCCCUUGGACGGUUACGAGUUCCAAGUCAUGGAGCACGGCGGUGCCAGACGGAGAGGCGACAAUUCUGGAGAAGAUGUGCACGUCACUCAACAGCCGUACCGUACCACCCCCCUGGUACUUCCCGGUGCUAAAGUGAAACGUGAGUCAGGACCGACUGAAAGUUACCUCCGUCACCACCCAAAUCCCUCAGUCAGGGCUCGUCCCCACCACAUCAUCGACAGUGACCAUUUGUACAAACAAAAGGUCGCCAAUUCUGUCUUAGAGAGAAUAUCAACAGGUGAUCCUAACAAGCAGGUCAUCCACAACUUGUACAACUCCCCAAUCGGCCUGUACAACGAGCCAAACAUCGUCGACACCCUUCAGAAGCAGACCGGCCUCCAACCCGUUAAAAGGCACGUAACGUUCAACCCGGCCGAAAGCGAAACUUACAAGGCUCUGCAGGAAGAAUCUUUGGGCGAACACGUACACGAAGUCAACCCGGCACAAAGCAAAGUCUACGUACCGAACAAGACUAUUCCUGCAAAGAAGAAUGUAUAUGUAACCCCGCAGCCAGAUUACAGAAGCGCCUUGAGGGAGAACCCCGAGGACAUUCAGCAGAGCGGCUCCUUCAAGAGGCUGAUGUGGAGCGUGCUUCCGGAAAGUCACUACUAAAACAAACCCCUUGUUAUAAAUGUCUGUAAAAUUUCACUGAAAAAACCUGUGCAAAAUGCUCGACAACGCGACGCCUCCGACACCGGAGGCGUCGCCCGGUUGACCAUUUUAAUUUUAAGUGUAUCGAAGAAAUUGAACGACGAAUAUUUUAAAAAUGUUCGAAAUUAUUGUGUUAAAAUAUCUCUCAAAUGUAUCAUGUGCGAUCAAGUCAUGUAUGCAAACACGUAGAACCAUUUCACCAACUGAGAUCAACACACUGAUUGAUUGAAUUGCAUCGAUAAAUUUGAAAGGUAUGGCAAAUGAUAUAUAUUUUUUUCAUGAGGGCAGCUUUCAGCUUAACAAACACGAUUUACAUGUCGCUAUAAAUGUAGGUACACAGUUAUUUUUAUUGAAUAUAUAUUUGUUUGUAAAUCGGUCCGUUUGUCUCAGUGACAAACGUUCGCGAUUUCGUGGUUUUUAUGUUGAUUAUAUGUUUUAUUUUUAUUUUAUUCAUGAAACGAGUGUAUUCUAGUCAAAUUAUUUAGUUUGUAAGUUGAUAAUUUAGUAUGUUAAGGGAAUAUUAUUGUUAAAGUGUUCCUAGUGUUCGCUGUACAUUAACCCAAACGUCCAGCCUAAUUUAUGUAAGACACACAGAAAGGAUUGUUAACUCGUGUAAAUCUAUUUAUAUAAUGUAUCAAAAAUAUAUCUAUAUUUAUUUAAA